AUGUCGGCUGAGAAACGAGGAAGGGCGUGUACAGCCUGUGCCUCCAUCAAGAUCAAGUGCCAGCUGGGAAGCGAUGUCAACCUCCAGCCACCCUGCGAACGCUGCGUCCGGCUCAGCAAGGAAUGCGUGCUUUCUCAACCCAAGCGGCAGAAAGAUCGCGUAGCAGAGCUUGAGGCCCAAGUGGCGUCUUUGACGCGAUUGCUACAGGCACAGGGAAUCCAAGAUCCAAGCAUCUCUUCGGGACUGGAUACUUCAAGCGAUACUACUCCACCUUCUUCUUCGACUCGGUCUCCCGGAACGGCAAGCAAAGCCAACAGUGUCGGGAAGAAACGUAGACUGUAUGCUGCACACGACAGAGGCAACAGUUCGACUUCUCCGACAUUACCCAGGGGAAUCGAGAAUGACAUCUCUAAGCUGGACCAACUCCUUUCGUGGGAGACGCAAGAGAGAGUCCUCGUACGAUACGUGAACGAAGUCUUCCCUACAUUUCCCGCAGUACCGCUCCCCGCCGACUGCACACUCCACUAUCUCCGAGUCGAGAAGCCAUUGCUGCUCUUGGCUGUCAUCUACGCUGGAAGUACGGCGAUUGUGGCGCUAGAUGCGCAAGAGUCCAUCGCUGCAAUGGUCUUCGCCCGACUGGUGGAAGUGGCGGUCUCCAAGGAAGACAGGAAUCUGGAGACCUUACAAGCGAUACAAAUUGUCUGCCUGUGGUAUCGAUCUCCUAAGCAGCACAAUCACCUCGCGUUGAACCAGCUCAUCCAAUUCGCUUGCGGGCCUCGCGGUCGAUAUUGGCGUUGGUGGCCCUCUACAAGCACAUUGGACGGACUUACGCCCCAUGACAGAGGUGAACAUCAGUAAGUCAGAGCUCUUGUAGCUACCAUCGGACUCAUUGGUUUAUCGCCGCCGUCUAUCAAUCCUCGGUAGCUGACGCGUAUUCACAGGAGAGGAAAGGUAUGAAGAGUCGAUCGACUGCUGGCGAGCAUCGCUGGUGUGUUACCAUCUCGCUGCCUCUGGCACUAUCUUCACUCGAUGCCCAAACAUUAUGAAGCAAUGGGACAAGCACCACGAUCAAUGCGUUUUCUAUCUGGACCAGUCGCCGUACGCUCUCCCGACCGACCUCUGGCUUGGUAAAUUAUUCCGGGCAGAGCGUCUGUGCGAGCAGAUUGCUACAACGUUGGAACUCAACAACCUCGACACGUUUCUGGACAUUUCAGAUGCUGCGGUGAGAACGAAGAUUUCACUAUGCCGAGACCACCUCCUGAACUGGAAGGUACAGACACCUCAGUCGACGCGCAAUCCAAUGUUGUACUUUUGGGAAAACCUCGCUCUCGCGUACAUGCACGAACCGGUCUUACACACAGCGAACAACAAGCACACUUUUACCGCGCCGUAUGUGUCAGACAGACUUUCAAUCACGGACUUUCCAGCUCCCGUCGUAACCGAGCAGCACAUUACCGCUGUGUAUGAGCUGCUUUCGGCUCUCCAGUCGAUUGUGGAAACCCUCUCGAACUGGAGUACCACAGAACUCCUCGGACAGUCUGGCCUCAUGGUGUCUUCGCGAGCCACGUACGCUCACUACGUCCUCGCGAAGCUGUACGUUGCUGUGACGGCGCCUGGCAACACCCUAGGCUCGAUCAUCGACCCGGCCCUGCUAAGAUACGAAGAGUAUUCGGACAAGCUCAUCGCCACGGCCUCGAGAGUCGCGGCAGUAGACAAUCGAUGUUCGCCGUCAAGAAUUCUGGGCGCGGCGCCGAAGUUGCGAGAAUGGGUGGACAACUACAAAUCCAGCCUGUCGGGUGACGUGCAGAGGCGAUUGAAUGGCGGUGGCACGCAGUUCAAUAAUCCGGCCAUGUUGGCAGCGACGGAGCCGGCCGUCGUUGCGAAUGUGCCUCCGAUGGCGACGGACUUGGACGCCGUUCUGCAGCUUGGCGACGAGUACGGCACGCUGAAUAUGCUUUUUCGGAGAUCCUUGGAUGAUGGAGAAUGACAUUCUAGAAUGACAUUCUGAACAGCAACUCGGUCGGUUGAUGAGCGAAGUCUUGGCGAAGUCUUGGCGAAGUCUCGGCGAAGUCUGGGCACAGCCAAGUAGGAAGGUACAGUAGAGCCGGCUGCAUGUGGUCGGCGGACGGCGAACGGCGAACGGCGGAAGGAUUCUCCGGGUGCGAGCUUUACUCGAUCGCAUCGAGUCAUCUGGAGAGUUAUCUAAGGUACGAGAUCUCCGGACAUGCCUCCCUCUUAUCACCCCUCGCGCACACUCAUUGGGCGUGCCAUCUGCAACAUGGAAAUAUCAUGCCGUUGCGCGCUGCGUGGCUGCAUCGACAUGAGAACUCUGCCCGGCCCAGAGUUGUAGGGUUCGAUGCGAUGGAGGAUCACGGGUGGAAUCAUGUCCAACUUAAAAUGUGCGCCUUCCCACGAGCAUACGACGGGUGGUAAUCCUGUACCACGCGACCACUCGACGACAACCCCACCAUCCCCUGCGUCUGGUACAACACUGCAUCACCGGGAGACGACACCUCUGCUGCAUCAGUUCGCAUCGACGAGACCGGGGCCUCGAUCAACCGCCAUGGAGAGCAUCCGGCAAUUCAGCGUCGGCGCCUUCCUCCACAAGCUCGAAGUCGACCAUGAGCCGGGUCUCACAACUGCCCAGCUGCUGCUUGCCAACGAGGAUCUCAAGCCUGUUGAGCCCGAACGACGGCUAUGGAAGAGCCGCAAUUUUGUCGCAUUCUGGGUCUCCGAUUCUUUCAACAUCAACACGUGGAUGAUCUCGUCGAGCAAUAUCCUGGAUGGUCUGAGCUGGUGGCAGAGCUGGCUUUGUGUCUGGAUAGGCUACUCCAUUGCUGGUGAGUAAACUGCUCCGAGUACGACGAGCUUGAGACUGACAUGGUUCCAGCUUGCUUUGUCUGCAUGACUGGUCGCAUCGGUGCCAAAUAUCACAUAUCAUUCCCCGUGGUGUGUCGCUCCAGCUUUGGCAUCUGGGGAUCUCUCUGGCCUGUGCUGAAUCGAGCUGGAAUGGCCUGCGUGUGGUACGGUGUCCAAGGCUGGAUCGGAGGAACUUGCGUCUACCUCAUGAUUCGUUCCAUCUGGCCAAGCUGGGACUCGUACGGACCUGAUGGCAGCCAUAACACCCUUCCUGCAUCAUCCGGCACCAACACCCGCGAUUUUGUCAGCUUCUUCCUGUUCUGGCUUGGCUCUCUGCCUUUCCUGUGGUUCCCCGUACAAAAGAUCCGUCACCUGUUCACCGUCAAGGCCUACUUCGUUCCUGCCGCAGGUAUCGCAUUCUUCAUCUGGGCCAUCGUGCGAGCCAACGGUAUCGGCCCUAUUGUGAAGCAAGGAUCGACUCUCCAGGGCAGUGCGCUUGCAUGGGCGAUUGUAAAGGGCAUCAUGGCCGCGAUUGCCAACUUCGCAACGCUCAUUGUCAACGACCCAGAUUUUGCCCGAUUCGCGAGGAAGCCACGCGAUGCUCUCUGGCCGCAACUUUUGACCAUUCCUAUUGGCUUUGCUGUCACGAGCUUCAUUGGAAUCAUCGUGUCGUCCUCAUCCGUCGUCAUCUUCCCUCCAGAGCCGAUUUGGAGCCCGUUGACGCUUCUCCAGAAGUUCCUGGACGAGCCGGGCGUGGGAUCUGGAGCCCGCUUCGGCGUGUUUGUCAUCGCAGCGGCCUUCACACUGGCACAGCUUGGAACAAACAUUGCCGCGAAUUCCAUCUCCGCUGGUACCGACAUGACGGCUCUGCUGCCUCGGUGGAUCAACAUCCGUCGGGGUAGUUACAUCUGUGCGGCUGUUGGCAUCGCCAUGUGCCCUUGGAAUCUGUUGUCGAACAGCAACAACUUCACGACUUAUCUGUCAGCCUACAGUGUCUUCUUGUCGAGUAUUGCUGGGGUCAUUGUUUGCGAUUAUUACUUGGUCAGGUACGUAUGAGAACGACUGUGAGCUGGGACAGAAACGCUGACAAGCUCGACAGGAAAGGAUACCUUCAGACAAGGGAUCUUUACUCAGCUUUGAAGAACGGACCAUACUACUACACGUGGGGCGUAAGCUGGCGCGCGUAUGCAGCCUACAUUGCCGGCAUCCUCAUCAACGUCGUCGGUUUUGCUGGAGCUGUCGGCACGCCUGUACCUAGGGGAGCCACAUACAUCUACAACCUGAACUUCUUCUGUGGCUUCCUGGUCGCGGCGAUUAUGUACUAUGGCCUAUGUUGGUUCUGGCCAAUUCCGGCGACGAGUCCGACUGGUAAAUGGAUGGAAGUCGAUGAAGACGUGACCGGAAGGAACAACAGUCUCGUUUACGGCGAUGAUGUCGAACGGCAUUCUGUGGAGUCGGUAGAUGCUGGGAAGUUGGAUCUGCCGAAGAGUGCGGGAGCUUAA